AUGGAUGGGAUAUUCAUCAAUCAAUCUAAAUACUGCAAAGAACUUCUCAAAAUAUUCGAUAUGGAUGCUUGCAAAGAUAUAGUCACUCAGAUGGGAUCAGGGACAUAUCUUGAUCAGGAUGAAUCCGGAACACCAAUUAACAUAACUAAUCGACCUGAUACUAUGUUUAGUGUUUGUUUAUGUGCUCGAUUUCAAGCAUCUCCAAAGGAAUCUCAUCUCUCCGCUGUAAAGAGAAUAAUGAAGUAUCUCAAAGGAACAUCCAAUGUCGGUUUAUGGUACCCCAAAGGAUGUAAAACAGACAGAAAAAGCACGAGUGGAACAUGUUACAUUUUUGGAAAUGCUCUAGUCUCGUGGCCGUGUAAAAAGCAAGGAGUGUGGCUCUCAGCAUCGCUGAAGUAG